AUGGCGGAUACUGAUAGCAAAGGCCCUGAGGUUACAGAGUCCAUCGGAACCAGCGGGCGCGAAUCUCCUCGCACCGAAAAUGCAGGGGCCUGCGGCGAUGCGCCCUCCCGCUCCGGGACCGAUGCCAACACCCCCGACGAGCGCGCAGCCAGUGACACAGCCGGGAAAGGGUACUUUGCAUACCUUCGAACUCGGGAAUUUUAUACCGUUUUGCUUAUAGGACAGGUCCUAGCCCUUUGCAUUACGGCCACAAACACGUUUACGAAUCUGUUGGCUGGCGCUGGAACGUCGAUUCCGUCUUUUCAGACUUUGUUCAAUUACAUCCUUCUUACCUUGGUGUAUACGAGCUACACCAUCUACCGCUGUGGAUUCAAGGGCUGGAUCCAAUUGAUUCGCGAACGGUGGUGGAAAUACAUAAUUUUCGCCUUCUGCGACGUCGAGGGAAACUACUUCAUCGUCCUCGCCUACCGCUACACCACAAUCCUCAGCGCCCAACUCAUCAACUUCUGGGCCAUCGUCAUCGUCGUCCUCCUCUCCUUUUUCCUGCUCCGCGUUCGCUAUCACUGGGCCCAAUAUCUCGGUAUAAUCGUCUGCAUCGGCGGCAUGGGCGUCCUCUUCGGCUCCGACCACAUCACCGGCUCCACCGCCGGCGACUCCCGCUCAAAGGGCGACCAGAUCAAAGGCGAUCUCUUCGCCCUCCUCGGCGCAACCUUUUACGGCUUCGCCAACGUUGCCGAAGAAUACCUCGUCAGCAAGAGACCCAUGUACGAGGUCCUCGGCCAGCUGGGGCUCUAUGCCACCAUCAUCAUGGGCGUCCAGUCCGCCAUCUUCGAUCGAGAAUCCUUCCAGACCGCCGUCUGGAACAGCAAAGUAGGCGGCUAUCUCACCGGGUACACUCUCUGUCUGUUCAUAUUCUACUCCCUCGCGCCACUCUUGUUCCGCCUCGCAUCUGCGGCAUUUUUCAAUAUCAGUCUUCUCACAAGCAAUUUCUGGGGCGUCGUGAUUGGAGUCAAGGUGUUCAAGUACGCCAUCCACUGGAUGUACCCCAUUGCGUUUGUUUUGAUCAUCAUCGGGCAGUGUAUCUAUUAUCUGGGCAGGAGGGUUUGGGGAGAAGCGACGAAGCCGUGGCUAGGAAGAAAUCAGGAAAAGGGCGUGGCGGGCAUCGGCACGGCGAAGAGAAGGAUUGAAUCGAAUGCAGGAGGGGCCGCGAGUGCUGUGUGA